UCGUUUCCCCGCGGUGCCUGCCCUUCCUCCCAGGUUCGGAAAGUGGUGCUGGAUAUACGACAUCAAUUGUGGAUUAAACAGAAUGUUGGCGGCUGACCCGUGACCGAUGAAGGACGAGGCGACCCAGCCGCUGACCCAGCCGCGUUUGGGCAUGUGGGGCCGGAUCAAGGCCAUGAUGAGGUCCCGAGGAGGCCGCUGCGCGCUCGGCUCGGCAGCUAGCGUCCUGCUCCUGCUCGCCAGCUACGCCGCCCUGCAGGCCAUCGAGGCGGAACCGCAGGCGGCGUCCUUCUUCCCGCCGCGGACGAUCGUCAAGGGUAACAGCCUGUACGAGCGUCUGGUGGCCGCCGGCAAGAAGUCGCCCAUCAUCAUGGCAGGCAUCAACGACGACCUGGUGGUGGUGAAGCAGCCCAGCCGGGAGCAGUCGUCGCGGCCUCGGCAGCGGCCGCGGCCGGGGCGCCCGCAGCCUAGCUCGGAGCCGCGCGUCGAGCCCGCUAGGGGCGCUAGCGUCGACCUGACGGCCGGCCCGCUACCCUCAGUGAACGCCGACCGGCUGCGCGUCGACACCGGCGUGCUGAAUGUCGAGGGCAUUGACGUGUUUUACGCGGCCUCGCUGCCGGACGAGUCGAGCGCGGACGACAUCACCUUCCUGCUGUUGCACGGCUCCAAGUACUCCUCGGAAACGUGGCAGAGCAUCAAGACCCUGCGCACGCUGGCCGCCCUCGGCUACAACGCCGUCGCCAUCGACCUCCCCGGGGCCGGCUUUUCCAACUCGGCGACGCGCGGCCGGCUGCCGGGCGGCCUGAGCCAGGCCGACUUCCUCGAGUCGGUACGCUACGAGCUGGGCCUGGGCGAGCAGGUGAUCCUGGUGUCGCCUUCACUCUCCGGCGAGUUCUCCGUGCCGCUGCUCAUGCGCCAGCCGUCCUGGCUCGCCGGCUACGUGCCCGUCGCGCCCGUCGGCACCGAGAAGCUCAGUGCGGUGAAGGCGCGCAGCAUUCGGGUGCCGACGGCCAUCAUCUACGGCUCCCGCGACCGCGGGCUGGGUGAGGCGUCGCUGAAGGCGCUCGGCCAGAUUCGCACGUCAACGGUGGGCGUGAUCCCGAACGCCGGCCACGCCGCCUACCUGGACAACCCGCAGCUCUGGCACCGGAUGCUGCACAACUUCGCCCAGAACCUGUCGAAGCUGGCCCGCCAGAACUGAGCAGCGCCCGCCGCCGACGGCGCGCGUCGCUCUAGGCGGUCGUUGUAGCCGUGUGCCUUUGAGUGCGUGUGCGUGUGAGUGCAUGUGGGGGUGCGUGUGUGGUGUGAGUGCUGUGACGGGCGUGUCUCUGAGCUGCGGUCGUGGGAGGAGCGCUGCGCCACCCACGUCGGCGUGGCCCGCGUUCGCGGGCGCUGGUGUCGAGCGCGCGGGCGUGUGCCCGACGCUGCGCCGCGGCAGUGCUGUCAGGCGUUGGCUCCACCCCGCCCAGCGCCGCCGCUGCUGCGGUCCGCGGGAAGGCCGGGAAGGCGGCGUCACGAGCACACCCCGCGACCCGGGCGAAUGGGCGAGGCUCGUAUGAGGCGCUGUGAUACUGUUUUCCGUUUGAAGCCCUCUAUUGGCAUUGGCAGCGUUGCCCCGAGCGACUCCACGCCCGGGUGCGGAGUGAGGAAAAUUCCAAAUCACAGGAAGGCUGGCCGGCUGCGUCUUCUGUGAGGGCGCAGUACGACUCUGAUCUGCACAGCACAAAGGUCGACUGGUGACCAAACGGCGGUCACCGCCGCGUAGCCCUGACCUGGGACAGAGCAAAGUCGGGCGCCCCAAAUUCGCCCUAUGCGGUGUUGAAAUUUGUCAACGUGCUGCCGCCGAGUCAUGCGGCGAGCGGCCGCGCGCGGUGCUGACUAGCCGCACGUUGCGAAACGUUGUUCGCGGUGUGCUGUGUCGAUGAUAAUCAUUUUCAAAUACAUUUUCACAACAUG